ACGUGUUUUUGUUGUUUUUUGCAUCUUGGGAAGUGUAAUUUUUUAGAUACGACCGAUUGCGAUUCCUUGGAAGAGCUAUUAAAACAUUGUCAGAUUUAGGGGAUCUCAUUCCGAAGUAACUAAAUAAUGGCCUCGUUAAUUUUGCUGCGCAAUGGCCAAUUAACAAAACAACAAGGCUGUGCUGCAUUGAGUGUAUUUUGCGUGCGCCAUGCUUCGAGCUCUACCGAUGCGCCUCGUCCAUUGAAGACAACCAAUGUCAGCACUAUGCGCCGUGGUACCGGCGGUCGCAGCAGUUUCAAUGGAAUUGUGGCAACUGUAUUCGGUUGUACAGGCUUCGUAGGACGCUACGUUUGCAAUAAGUUGGGAAAAACUGGUACUCAAAUGAUAUUCCCCUAUCGCGGUGACUCUGGCGAGGCGAUUCGUCUAAAGGUAUGCGGCGAUUUAGGACAAGUGCUGUUCCAAUUUUUCGAUUUAAGAGAUGAAAGAGCCAUACGUGAUGCCGUAAAAUAUUCGAAUGUGGUCAUCAAUUUAAUUGGCCGCGAAUUCGAGACGAAAAAUUUUAAGUUCAACGAUGUACAUGUGGAUGGUGCCCGACGCAUUGCUAGGAUUAGCAAAGAAGCUGGCGUUGAGCGUUUGAUUCACUUGUCUGCAUUGAAUGCUAGUCCUGAGCCGAUGAGCUUUGUUCUCGAAGGUGGCAGCAAUUUUUUGAAGAGCAAAUACCAUGGUGAAUGUGCGGUACGCGAUGAAUUUCCUGAGGCGACAAUUAUCAGACCUGCGGAUAUCUACGGCUCCGAAGAUCGUUUCCUUCGUUACUACGCUCACAUUUGGCGUCGUCAAUUCCGUGCCAUGCCACUCUGGUUUGCCGGUGAACGCACUGUUAAGCAACCGGUUUACGUUUCUGAUGUAGCGCAAGCUAUCGUUAAUUGCGCUAAAGAUCCUGACACCGCCGGUCAAGUAUACCAGGCUGUGGGACCCAAACGCUAUCAAUUGAGUGAAUUGGUUGAUUGGUUCCAUCGCGUGAUGCGCAAGGACGAAAAGUGGUGGGGUUAUCGCCGCUAUGACAUGCGUUGGGACCCCACUUUCCUUAUGAAAGCCAAAUUCACAGAACUUAUCUGUCCAGGGCAACCUAUCGGCGAGCUGCACAUGGAGCGCAUCGAACGCGAAUGCGUAACUGAUGUUGUGCGUGCUGACAUACCAUGUCUGGAAGAUUUAGGUGUGCAACUGACCGCCAUGGAAGAUCAAGUACCAUGGGAAUUACGGCCAUACCGCGCCGCGCAAUAUUAUGAUGCUGAAGUGGGAGAAUGGGAGGAGCCUUCACCACCAAAACCAAUAGCUCAUCGUGAUGAAUUACGUAUGUUUGCAUAAAAAUACGGCAAUGGCAACAACGCUAAUAACAACAGCUAUGCAAAUAAUAGAAAAAAAGUAUCUCAUACAAGUUGGUGGCGUUGGUGGCCAAGCAGCAGUUUAAGGAAGAAACAUUUACAAAUACGCGAAUUGUUAUUCGUUGUACUUGUUGUGCGUUCUUUGUGGUAUGGAGUAACAUCUAGUGAAUUAUGGUCGUCUAUGAGUGAAUUCGUUUUUGAAAUUGAUGAAAUUUUGAACAACAAGUAAAAUAUAGAAUAUAAAUGGCAUGGGUCUGAGUGCCGUAUGUUAAAAAAUGUGUUUUUUUUUUCAAUAUAUACUCACAAAUUUCCGAUUUAUUUUUUUUUUCUUAACAGAUACUCGUAUUUUAUCUUAUUAUUUUGAAUGCUUUUCAUUACAAUGCAUUGUUAAACAAAUUUUAACAAGCAAGUAAACUUUAAUAAACCUGUAGCUUACUAAA